CGUUUUGAUGGAAUUGAUUUGCCAAGUGGCAACCAUAAAUGUGCUUCUAAAAUUCACUUUCCAGGGAGAGAGAGAGCAAGAGAACUCAUACAAAAACAAACUCAGAUUUUAGAGACCGAUGACCGCGAACGGAGCCGCGCGGCGCACACAAGAGAACUUAAAAACAACAAUAUAACAAGUGAAACAGAAAAAGAAAACCACAUCGACUACUAGUAGAGAGCAAGAGCACCAGCAACGACAGAUACAUCGGAGUUUAGAGCACAAGUACACACAGUUUGAACGAAUCGAAUCGGAAUACCGAACUUAAGCGGAGGAAUACCUGCUUCUCUGAAAAAGAACAGAAGAGAAGCAAAACAGACUGCUGCAAUUGCUCCGUUCCGUUUGUCGUUGUUAUCGUCGCUGUCGUAGUUGUUCAUUGUUGUUCGAAAAUGAAAAUAUAAAUAUAUAAAAUCGAAAAUUUCCAUUUUAAAAUAAGUUUCUUUUUUUUAAUAAGAAACAAAUAGGAAUUAAAGAAUAAAGUCUCUCCAAAAUAAGUUUAGUCCAAAAUUUAAUCUUAAUCGAAAUCGAGUUAUUUAUAUGAUAAAUACAUAUAACUGUGAUUCCUCAAUGGACACCAUAUAUAUAAAAUAUAUAAGUAAAAAAGUUGAGAGUACAAAGUGUGUGAUAUAAUAAUUCCACCUCCUUGUCCACCACCGGCGGCGGCGGCUGCCACCUUCUUCGCCUACUCAUUCUACAUCGCCAUCAUCAUCUGUAGCAAAGUAUACAUUAUUCCCACGACACGCGUCGAGAUGAUAAGCACCUGCAAAAAUUAUUAACCAACAAAAAUAGAAGACCAUCAACUUCAGAAACAGCAAACGGCAGCAUAUUCUGCUUCCUUUUGACGGCCAAAGCCAAGAUCUCAAAUUUCACAAUAAACGCUUUACUUUCCUAUUUGUUCCUAUGAGUCCAGUAUGAAAAACAGAGAUGGGAGGGUUUCUGGAUAAACCGAAAACAGUCAAACACAAUGACCAUGGCGAGGGCAAUAAACUAUUGUUUGGCGUCAGCUCAAUGCAAGGAUGGCGUUGCGAAAUGGAAGAUGCAUAUUAUGCCCGCGCCGGCUUAGGCGAAUGUCUCGAAGAUUGGAGUUUCUUUGCAGUAUUCGAUGGCCAUGCGGGCUGUAAAGUAUCCGAGCACUGUGCCAAGCACUUGCUCGAAUAUAUUAUUAAAACAGACGAAUUCCAAAAUGGUGACCAUGUAAAAGGUAUUCGAACUGGCUUCCUGCGUAUCGAUGAGGUGAUGCGAAAAUUGCCUGAAUUUGUAUCAAAUGCUGAGAAAUGUGGUGGUACAACAGCGGUUUGUGCAUUUGUAUCACCCAAUCAAGUGUAUAUAGCAAAUUGUGGAGAUUCGCGGGCAGUACUUUGUCGAAAUGGAGUACCUGUAUUUGCGACACAAGAUCAUAAACCAAUAUUGCCGGAAGAAAAAGAGCGGAUACACCGAGCUGGUGGUAGUGUUAUGAUUAAACGUGUCAAUGGUACGCUGGCCGUUUCGCGAGCACUGGGUGAUUUUGAUUAUAAAAAUGUGAAAGAAAAAGGUCAGUGCGAACAAUUGGUGUCGCCGGAGCCGGAGAUUUUUUGCCAAAUUCGUGAGGAUGCUGACGAGUUUCUCGUUUUGGCAUGCGAUGGUAUAUGGGAUGUAAUGACUAAUGAGGACGUUUGUAGUUUUAUCCAUUCGAGGCUGAAAAUCACUCAUGAUCUGGUGAAUAUAUCAAAUCAAGUGAUUGACACAUGCUUACACAAGGGCAGUCGUGAUAAUAUGAGCAUCAUCAUAAUUGCUUUCCCAGGAGCACCAAAAAUCACGGCGGAAGACAUUGCCGCCGAGAAACGGCUGGAGAAGCAGAUAGAAAAAAUCACGAGAGAGGAAUUAUCAUGUGAUGAGAAUAGGGAAUUUGUUGACUUAUUACAAAACCUUCAAAGCAGAGAAAUCGAAGGUUUACCGCCUGGUGGUGGCCUCCAUUCUAAGUAUCCAAUUAUUGAACGUAUUUUCAAGGAAGUCUACCCAGAAGAAAAAUGUGAAAGCACGUGGCAUUGAUUUGCAGUUAAACCUUUGAUAGUGCAAAAGUGCAAAAUCCUGCUGAAAUUACCAAAUAAAUUUAAAAAGAAAGAAAGAAGAAAAAAACAAAAACAAAAGAAAAGAAAAUUUAUAUCCUAAGCAAAUUUUUAAUUUAACAAAAAAAAUAAAAAAAAAAAACAACAAAAAACUGUAAACACAAAUUAAUAAGUAAAACAAAAAAUUCACAAAAAAAAACAAAAACAAUAUAGAAGAAAGAAAAAAAAAAUCCUGUAAUUGCAAUUAAUUUAUAACAAAAACCCUUAUAUAAAUUAUAAAAUAAAGAAAAUAUUAAAUGUAGUAAGGUAUUAAAAAAAAAACAAGAAAAAACAAAA